AUGGACAGCAGUAAGGACAUGCUGUUGCGCGCUGAGGGUGGUCAGAAUGGCAGAACUGGCUCAAAUUUGUCGGAGGCUACUGGAGACCCCAUGCGCGAGCACACGGACAAACCGAUUCACCAGAACAGCCUAAGCCCCGGCCCCGUGCCUUAUUCGCGAAACCUAGAAGAAGCGAUAAAGGGACAACGUAUCGCAAAGUGCGGAGAUAUGGCACUUGACAGUAAACCCUCUGCACCGGACAGAAAGCUGUCAGACAUCCCUAACAAAGAUAGCAGCAGCUCAGAUGCGGAAUCAGACCUCUAUGAAGAAAUAGAUGUCAGCUGUACCCCAGAGAGCAUGGAUUACCCAAGUGGACACGGACUGGGAACGAGCUCACCGAACCACGGUAAAGAACUCGGCGUGGAUAACAGUAUAUUGGGUUCAGGCCCUGGGGCUCUCAGCUAUGGUUCUGACCAGAUGAGACGUUAUCGAACAGCUUUCACGAGGGAGCAGAUAGCACGACUGGAGAAAGAGUUUUACCGGGAAAAUUACGUGUCCAGGCCACGCAGGUGCGAGUUGGCGGCUUCCCUAAAUUUACCGGAAACAACCAUAAAGACUCCUGCAGAAGGAGCAUCCACGGCCAUCUACGCUGCAGCUGCCUCCGAGCUGGAGGGGAUUGGCAGACUGUAUCUGUACAACGGUCGCAAGACGGAAUCAUCAGCCAUCUCUUAUGACGAACAGCUGCAGGCCAGGCUGUGGAAAGAGAGCUGUGCUUUAGUAGACCUCCUUAAGGCCUGA